AUGUGCCUACCCAGCCCCAGAGACCUCUCCGCCCUCGCCCGCACUUCGACACGCUUCUACUCCCUCCUCAACUCGCGCCUCUACACACGAGAUGCAUCGCAAAACCGAAAAGCACUAUACUGGGCCGCCACUCGCGACCAAAAAACCACAGUCCUGAAAUCCAUCUCUGCCGGCGCAGACGUCCAAACUUUCACCGAUUUCGAUCCUCGCAUUAAAGGAUGUACUCCUCUCAUGCUCGCCGCGUAUCAUGGGAGUAGCGAAACGCUUCAGCUACUCCUCACAAUCGAAGAUAUCAAUCCAAAUAGUCGGGAUAGGAAGUACAUACGGCCUCCGAUAUCUUGGGCGAUCAAGCAGAACCACAUGGCGAUCGUGCGCGCGUUGUUAGAUGAUGAACGACUGGAUGUCAAUCUCGAGGAUAAGUGGGGGGAUACGCCACUCAUGGUUGCCGUUGAACAUAAUCCGAGAUUUAUUCCAAUGUUGUUGCAGCGGGGAAGGGCUGAUCCGCGUGUGAUGAACCGACAGGGCGCGACGCCGUUGUCUAGGGCUGCGAUGCUGGAUGUUGACGCGGAUCUGUUGCUUGCGGCGCAUGUUCAGUGUAUAUUAGAAGGUGAUAAUACAGCUGAGCAUUGCCAGCAUGUUUUUUUUCAUGCCGCGAUCGUGGGGCAGCUGGAUAUCGUGGAGUAUUUAGUUUCAUACUUCGGGAGCAAGCUUGAUCCGAAUGGGGAGCGCGAUGGGCAUGGGCGAGGCGCUUUUGCUAUUGCGGCGGAGCGGAACCAUCUUGAUAUCGUGAGGUAUCUGUGCAAGUGGGAGAAAACUAAUCCGAAUCUCAGUGAUAGCUGGGAACAUGAUACGCCAUUGUUCCGUGCUGCGAAGCAUGGCCGGAGGGAAAUGGUGAUUGCGCUGCUGGAAUGUGAGCGUGUCAAUGUCGAAUUGGGUAAUGUGCGCGGGACAAGGCCACUUGCCAUUGCGGCGGCGAACAAUCAUGAUGAAAUUGUGAGGUAUCUGUUAAAGGGGCCGUGGCGAGCGAAUGUGAAUGCUCAGGAUGAUAAUUUCCAUACGCCGCUGUAUCAGGCUGCGAUUUUUGGCAAUUUGCAGGCCGUUGAUGCGUUGCUUGAGGCUCAGGACAUAGAGCCGACGUUAGGGGAUGGUGUUGAUCAUACAACUCCUCUGGAUGCGGCAAUUCAAUACGGUCAUCAUGAUGUCGCGGAGAGACUGCGACAAUACUUGGCCCAGUCCUGA